UUAAAGCGGUUCCACUAGGAGGCGUGUCGCUGGGCGUCGGUCGGACCGGAGCAGAGGGGAGGAAGCAGCAGCAGGAAGAUGGCAGCUCUCACAUCUCUCACCCAGGUGGGGAGCGGGAAUCCUGUUUAUGAGAACUUCUACAGACAGGUGGACCCUGACAAUACCGGCAGGGUAGGACCAACAGAAGCAGCGCUGUUCCUCAAAAAGUCUGGACUACCUGACAGCACUUUGGGAAAGAUUUGGGAUUUGGCGGAUCCUGAGGGAAAAGGCUUUUUGGACAAACAGGGGUUUUAUGUUGCCCUCCGUCUGGUGGCCUGUGCACAGAGUGGUCAGGAAGUCAGUGUUUCUAGCAUCAACCUCACAGUCGCCCCUCCAAAGUUUAAGGACAGCAGCAGUCCCUCUUUGAGCAGCACAACCCCUUUGUCUUGUGAAUCACUUUGGGCCGUCAGGCCUGAGGAAAAGAAUAAAUUUGAUGGGAUUUUUGAAAGUCUGGCUCCUGUCAAAGGCCUGCUGUCAGGAGAGAAGGUCAGACCAGUCCUCAUCAACUCCAAGCUGCCUCUGGAUGUCCUUGGGAAGGUUUGGGAUUUGAGUGACAUCGAUAAAGAUGGCCAUCUGGACAAGGACGAGUUUGCGGUGGCCAUGCACCUUGUGUAUCGGGCCUUAGAGAAGGAGCCGAUUCCUGCACUCCUCCCCUCUGCCCUCAUCCCUCCAUCAAAGAGGAAGAAGAGUCUUUGCUCAAUGAUAGGUCCUGCUCCCGGACUACCAGCCAGCCCCCCACCACUGAAAGACUCGUUACAUUCUACACCCUCCCAUGGCAGCAUGACUUCACUCAACAGUACCGGCAGCCUGUCACCGAAACAUACUCUCAAGUCAGGACAGCAUUCACUGAACUGGGUGGUGCCAUUGUCAGAACGCGGUCGCUAUGAUGACAUCUUCCUGAAGACGGAUGCUGAUCUGGAUGGCUUUGUCAGUGGACAAGAAGUAAAGGAUAUAUUCAUGCAAUCUGGACUUUCUCAGAACAUCCUCGCACAUAUAUGGUCUUUGGCAGAUACAAGGCAGAUAGGCAAACUGAACAGGGAACAGUUUGCCCUGGCCAUGCACCUCAUCCAUCAGAAAGUAAGCAAGGGUAUUGACCCGCCCCAGGCCCUCACUUGUGACAUGAUCCCACCGUCAGAGAGAGGAACUCCCAUACCUACGAUGUCCGGAUACAUUACCCCAGUAGGAUCAGAGAUAGCUGCUCUGUCAGAAAUGAGAAGGACUAUAAUGUUCCAGUUGUGGGACAGCUCUAGUUCAGUGGGUUCAGGCGAGUUCACUGGCAUCAAGGAGCUGGAUGACAUCAGUCAGGAAAUAGCCCAGUUGCAGAGGGAGAAGUACUCUCUGGAGCAGGACAUUAGGGAGAUGGAAGAAGCUAUCAGACACAAGAGCGCGGAGGUGCAGGAGAUGCAGAAUGACAUGGACAGAGAGACAACCAGUCUGCAGGAACUGGAGGCACACAAACAAGAUGCUCAAGACCGUUUGGAUGAGAUGGAACAGCAAAAGCAUAAAUUGGAGGACAUGUUGAACGAAGUACACCUGAAGUGCCAGGAAGAAUCUCAGUUGAUCUCAACCCUUCAGAGUCAGAUCCACUCUCAGGAGUCGGAUUUGCAGAAUCAGGAGGAAGAGCUUAGCCGAGCAAAGGCUGACUUGGACCGUCUGCACCAGGAGGAGAGACAGCUGGAACAGAGCCUGGCCGCCGGCAAGAUCCAACUGGAAACAAUCAUCAGUUCGCUUAAAUCCACUCAAGAAGAGAUCAACCAGGCUCGCAGCAAGUUGUCCCAGAUUCAGGACAGUCAGCAGGAGGUGUCUAAAGGUAUUGAGCAGUACAACAGCACCUUAAAUGGAACCAACGGAGGCAGCAUGACAAACCUGGCUGACAUGAGCGAAGGCUUCAGUGACAGAGAGAGCGGAGGCUUCUCAGCAACCGGGAAGGGAAAGCAGGUCUUUUUCAACAAGCUUGAAGAUCUAUUCAAAGUUAAGCCAUCAGUGUUCAACAAUCAACCUCAAGACCUUCAGACGGACCCUUUCCACUCUGAAGACCCAUUUAAAACAGACCCGUUCAAAGGUGACCCAUUUGAAAAUGACCCAUUUGGAAAGCCACCACCUUCAUCUACAGAUCCCUUUGAGGGAGAUCCAUUUAAAGAAGCAGAUCCAUUCAAGGCUUCAUCAGAAGAUUUUUUUAAGAAGACUACAAAGAUGGAUCCUUUUUCCACAACAGAUCCCUUCUGUAAAGGUUCCACUUUACCCUCCAAGCAAAGCAGUCACUUCACAGGGGUAGACCCAUUUUCUUCAAACCACCAAAAACCCAGGGGACCAGAUCUGUUUGCCACAUUGGACCCUUUUGGAAGUGGUUCUUUUAGCAGCUCCACAAACAGCAGCACUGGCUUUGCAGACUUCAGCCAAAUGUCCAAACCCAGAGACCCCUUUGAAGGAAGAGCGAACUGCCUGCCAGAUUACCAGAAGCCAGUAUUUGCAGAUGACCCAUUCACCAGGAAAACAGACAUGCCAGCUCUGCCACCCAAAAGAAGCGUCCCACCAAGGCCCAAACCUCCCAGCGGUAAAACAACACCAGUGAACCUGACUGCCACAGCAGACCCUUCCAAACCAUUUGACCCUUUCCAGCCAUUCAGUGCUGAUGCCGUCGACCCUUUCCAGAGUAAAAAAGGCCAAGGAGACCCGUUCAGUGGAAAAGACCCCUUCAUCCCAUCCUCAGCAUCAAGUAAAGCCCCUAAAGACUCUACCUGCGGUAUUACAGAUGUCAGUUCCGACCUGAUAAAGUCAAGUUUGGGAAUGAAGCUCAGCAGCUUGAAUGGGCCAAGCGGGAGAGUGAGCGGGCCGAGCGAGAGCGACUGAAAAGGCUCAGACAGCAGGAACAGGAGGACCUUGAGCUGGCCAUUGCCCUGAGCAAGGCAGAGAUGUCUAAUGCAUGACAUCUAAAUCUCCAUGCAUACGGCUGAGACUUCCACUCUAAACUGGACACAUCAGCGCACACACAACCUUGCACCUCCACACAAAACCAAUAACUGAAAAGCUCCUCUGGAUGAUGAUAAAAAAGAGACUUAGGAUACGAUAAAGAACACAAGGAAAAGGAAGGAACUUUAAAGGACUGAUACACUGGGUUUUACCACUUAAGAUCCGGAUAUUUUGACGGGUCCAUUAAUUGAGUCAAGCAGACAAAACAACUUGGCAGGAGUUGAGUACAUAGCAGCUCUUAUUCUGGUACUUUCACAAUGUGAAAAAUCAGCAUGCCAAUAAACCUUGCAAUGAGCAGCAAAACAGCUAAUCCAGAUGUUUUCCUAUCAUGGUGACUAGCUGAGACAGAUAUAAUUGUAUGAUUACUACAUUUGGACAAACCAUGCUGUGUUUCUUCUUGUUUGUUCUAUGUUUAGAUUUUUGUGAUAUAUGCUCUUGAGCUGUGUUAGGGUUCAUUGUGAGUGUUUUUACUUCUUGGAUCUUUUUUUUUUCUUUUGCAAAUAGUAUUUGUGCAUAAUGCCCUUGACUGGACAAGGAAAUUCCUAGGUUUAAAGAAGGUCUGGCGUGAUUACUAACCCAGUCCCCGGUAAGAAAUAAGAUUUCAGCACUAGUUUUGUAGACUCUGUUUUUAUUUUAUGUACAGAACUAAAGUUGUUAGUCAUUUUUCAACCUGUUUGAGAAUACUUUCAAAAUAGCAUGUUUCCCCACCACUUUAUACAGCACAAAAUUAAGAUUACAAUCUCAAACAAGACUGGUGGGAUCUACUGAAUCUUAUCCUUUGGACAGCAUAUUCCACUGGAGAAAAGACCCCAGGCCAAAAGCACCAGGGCACUCGACACUUGGAGCAAGGUUUUUACACCAUAUUGAAAGACAUAUAAUCUAGCUGUUUAAAUCCAACUAAACAUUUCUUGUUUUAGAUCAGUCAGGAUCAUAAAAAUAAUUUACAUUUGUUUAUCCCAGAAUUACUUUCCUAAGUUUCUGAAGUCUAGAUUAAAUUAAAAGUAUUUAUUGGAAUUGCCGUGUGAACUGUAUCACUGGUCAAAGGUUUUGGGUAUCUUUCCCAAAACUUCUCACAAUAGUUUCUAGAAUUUUGGCCUGUCCCUCUUGGUGGAAUUAAGUCAGGUUUUCAGGCGACUCUGCUCAUGCAUUUUUUCAGUUCUGCCCACAAAUCUUCAGUUGAAUGAAUAAGAGUUUUGUGAUGGUCAAUCCUAAACAUUGACCUUGUUGUCCAGUUUGUUAGUAUGCUUGGGGUCAUUGAGUGUUUGGAAGGCCCAUUUGUUACAAACUCUGAACUUUGUGGCUGUCGUCUUGAGUAGGGUUGUCAAAAUAAUUGAUUACGCAAUAAAAUUGAAAAAAAAAAAAGAACUAUUCAAAGAUACUAAUUUUCAUCAGUAUCAAUUUGAGCUGACCUAUUCACAUUUGCCCAAAUUGUUGCGCUUCUUUGGACCGCAGAUGUGUAAUAACGGAGACACUCAGCCUACCUGCAGCCGCUCGUCUCAACAAUGAUCUGCUGCUGGAAGUUUAAACUCUGCUAACAUGUGGAGUACAACCAGAAAAACAUACAAGACCCUCUUUUACAAGACAAACGCUAUGACACUGCUUUUAGAUGGCAGUGUAAAAAUGUCAGUAAUGCUCCUGUAUCUGCAACAAUGAAGUAGUAAACAUCCUGGAAGAGAUAAGCUAACGCUGUCUGGUUGAAUAUUAACUUCACCACAAGGUUCUACCGGUCUGAGCUCCUCCAUCUAGAUGUGCUUCAGCUCCGUUCUGUGGUAUGAAUCACCAGGAAAUGUUUAAUAAUAAAAAGAGAUUGCACAUGGA